AUGGAGAGGCUGCUGCUGACCACCCUGCUGCUGCCCCUGCUGUCCGUGGACUCGGCGACUUCAAACCUGAGGACACAGGCGCUCAUCUUCCCCCGGGAGUCGACCACCGACUACGUGGUGCUGACGCCACAACAGCAGAAGCCGCUAUACAACUUCACACUCUGCAUGAAGGCCUCCACCGACCUCAAGCGUGACUACAGCCUCCUCUCUUACGCAACCAGAUCCCAUAGCAACGCGCUGCUGCUGUUCAUGAUGAAGUCAGGCGAUUACUCCCUGACCAUCGGCAACUCCGAGAUCUUCUUCAGUGCUCCCCGGUCCUCGAAGGGCCCCACCCACGUGUGUGUCAGCUGGGAAUCCGCCACGGGCAUCGCCACCCUCUGGGUGGACGGGAGGCCCCAGGGGAGGAAAGGCGUUCACCGAGGCUAUGUCGUGGGCGCCGACGCCAAGAUCAUCCUGGGGCAGGAGCAGGACUCAUUCGGGGGCGGCUUCGAUGCGAAUCAGUCCCUGGUGGGGGAGGUGUGGGAUGUCCACCUCUGGGACAGGAUUAUCCCCGUGGAGCACAUGGGGCUCAGCUGGCAAAACGGCAACCUUCUCGACUGGCACUCGCUCACCUUCCAGUCCUCUGGCUACGUGGUGAUCAAGCCCAAGCUUUGGCGUUAG